AUGGCCGUUCCCAGGAUCAACCUCAACGACGGUACCACCAUCCCCGUCAUUGCCUUUGGCACCGGCACGGCGCUGUUUGGCAAGGACAGCAAGGACCUCGUCCUCGCUGCCCUGGCGGAUGGGUACGACUCGCUCGACACUGCCGAGGUCUACGCCAACACGGCCAGUGUGGGUGCGGCCCUCAAGGAGUGGAAGGGCAAGCGCGAGGACGUGUACCUCCUGUCCAAGUGGGGCAAGGCGACCACUGGUGCCGUGGACGAGGCGCGUACCGUCCUCGAGACGAUGCUCCAGGAGCUCGGUGUCGACUACGUUGACAUGUACCUCAUCCACAGCCCCUUGCUCAACGACAAGGUGUCGCUCGCGGACCAGUGGAAGGUGAUGGAGAAGAUCAAGGCCGACGGCCUGGCCAAGGCCGUGGGCGUGUCCAACUUCCGUGAGGAGGACCUGCAGGAGGUGCUCGCGUCCAACCCGACCGUCGUCCCGGCCGUCAACCAGAUCGAGUUCCACCCAUACCUGUACCACGCGCCCAACGUGCAGCGCCUGACCAAGCUGAUGAAGGAGCACAACAUCAAGAUCCAGACGUUUGGCCCGCUCGCCCCCGUGUUCCGCUCCAGCGGCGGACCCGUCGACGCGGUCGCCGAGCGGAUCGCAACCGCACACGGCCUCACCGUGCCCCAGGUCCUCCUCAAGUGGGCGAGCCAGUUUGGCGGUGGUACCGUCGUCACCACCUCGCGCACCGAGGAGCGUCGCAAGGAGCAGCUGGCGGCCUUUACCGCGCCCCCACUCACCGACGCCGAGGUGCAGGAGAUUGCCGACGCUGGAAAGGGCCAGGUGUACCGCAAGUUUAUGGUGCACGUCUGGGACGCGGCCAAGCCCUAA